AUGGUGUGUGAUUUUCAACAAUUACGGGUUUCCGAUCUGAUUCAACAUAGUAAUUUUUUAUAUCUAUAUAUUUUUUUGGAGGCAAACCACGAGUUAAUGCCAUGUCCACUAAGGGCACUUGAGUUGGUAGGCGCCUUCCUGGUUACUGAGCCCUAUUGCUUUGUUGGGGGCAUUCACCGCCCUAGCCAAGUGAUCCUGUUCGGCGAGGGCGAGGCAGCAAGACAUGAGUCGCUACAAAAGAAAGUCAAACAGAAAAUCUAGAAAAUGAACUGGUCCAACAUAUCAAAAAAAUGGAAUCCAUGUUUUUUGGACUAACAACGAAUGACGUCCGAAAACUGGCAUUUCAAAUUGCGGAAGCAAAACUAAUCUCUC